ACCCGGUUGUUUACUGCUGCCGUGGCGUUGCUUCGGGAAACCCCUAGGAAAUGAAACAAAGGUUGCGCUGUCAGUGUGUGUGUGAUUAGUCGGGAGGCAGGAAGACCGUCGCAAAGAGGAGAAAACCGGUGCCGCCAUAUUUGACAAAUUUUUGAAAAGACCUUCAAACGAAAGCUUAUUCUGCUGAUACGCUGGAAUCUGAACAGGAAAAAAGCAGAAUUAUCAGAGCGUAUUUGACUCCAGACUCAGGUUAAUUUUCGUCCAAUGAUGGGUGAUUUCUGGUAACCUCAGAUGGUACAUAGGUGAAAAUGAAUUGGAUGCACACCCUAAAUUUAUUGUGAAAUCAUGGCCGAGGAUGUGCAGGAACGAUUAAAGAGGGAGCGAGAUCAUCUGCAGGAUGGAUUCUUAACUGAUGAACUGGAGCUUAACCCAGAACCAAAGAAAAUGAAACUUUGUGAUGGUGAAGACUCCGGAGUGCGUGAUAGAGCGGCUACGCCGACCAAGACGGGUGACCUGAAUUCUUCUUCUAAGUGCACAACAACCACAGACAAUAGUGAGUGCCUACCACACUCCGACUCCGAGUGGCAUGGCAGUGUUCAAGAACAAGGGCUGACGAACGAGACGAAGAGCGGCGGCACGACCCCGCUGCUCACAGGGGGUGCUCGAGCAACAACGAGCGCGCAGACGGCGACGGCGACGGCGACGACAAACAAGAGGGCGUCCCGGCGGCGGACGCCGUCGCCGUCGUCGCAGAGACUAAAUCGCCGCCGUCCCCGGAGCCGAUGGAAUGCGACGAGAUAAAGGAGAACGGGAAGGUUGAGGUCGCCGAGGAGAAGGAGCCUGCGGCGGCGGCGGCGGCGGGGGGAGAAGAAGGCGGGAAGCGCGCGGAGGAGAAGGGCGGAGACGCGGCGGGAUCCUCUCCGGAGAGCAUCAUCCUGCUCUCGGACGAGGAGUCGUCGUCGCAGUCGCAGGGUCGCGGCGCGGACAACGGCGACGGAUCGUGCGGCGGCGAGCGAAAGCAGCUGAGGGCGGCAAUCGCCGACGGCCGACCAGCUUCCGGCGGGACCGCGUGGGCCCGCGAGCAGCUGCAAUGGCGGCACCCUCAAGCGGAGCUUCGCAACGAGGAAGCCCAGCUCGUGCUUCUGAAGAAGCUGCGGCAGAGCCAGUCGAUGAAAGGACUCGAUGUACACGAGCGCGGUCGCCGACGCCGUCGCCGGGGCGAUGAGGCCUCCCGCCGGCGCGCAGCCUACGAAGAUGCUGAAGCGCUCCGCAGCAGCGCCGCCGCCGCUCGUGCGCGGCUCGGGCGCCGUGCCGGUGCGCGGCGGCAGGGUCCCGCCGACGCUGCAGCGCGGGCCCAACCGCCCGCCCCACGCCCGCGCACUAGAACACAAAGACGGCAGCAGGUGUGCCGCCGCCGCCUGCUGAUGCGGCGAGGC